CUGUCUGUGGAAGGGGCAUGCCGAAAGCCUGAAAUUUACAUUUUCGGCAAUUUUGUGGUCGUUACAGUGAGUUUGAAACCAAAAAUCGUCUAAAUGGCGCUAAAUCCACAAUACGAUGCAAUCGGAAAAGGAUUUGUUCAACAAUAUUAUGCGCUAUUCGACGACCCGGCACAGCGACCAAAUCUGGCAAAUUUGUACAACGUAGAAACAUCUUUUAUGACAUUUGAAGGAGUGCAACUACAAGGUGCUGUUAAAAUUAUGGAAAAAUUAAAUGGCUUGGGAUUCCAAAAAAUUGGCAGGUUUAUCACAUCAAUUGACUCACAGCCUAUGUUUGAUGGUGGUGUUCUAAUUAAUGUUCUUGGCAGGUUGCAAUGUGACGACGACCCACCACACUCCUACAUGCAGACGUUUGUACUAAAAACACUUGGAGACUCCUUCUUCGUUCAGCAUGACAUCUUCCGUCUCUGCAUUCACGACGUCGCCUAAAACCCUAGACUGCCCAUCGCGAAUCAAUGUGAAGAGACUACCACGUUCACUUUUACCAUAACCUAUUUCAAUCCUGAGCGUCCAAUGUAUAAACUUCCAUAGAGAUUCCGUUAAACCAUAUUGAUAUUGUUCUGUACAUUUUAAGGCACACUAAACUGUGAAUGUGUUGACUACUGGUUCAAUUGAAGCGAAUGAUAUAAUAUUUAAAUCAAAAACAUUCUCAUGACACUGUUCGCUCCAAUUUAAUGAGUAUGUCUCGUGAAUUUUAUAGGUGUUUUUAUGAAUUACGCCUAAUGUCCCUUUCGCUUGGCUCGCGAGUCGCAAUUUUAAUGUCGAUCAACAUUUUUCAAUAUUCGUCAUCACGCUGCAAGUGCAUCUUGUUUUGGUUAUCUAGGUAUAAGUAACUAGUAAAUGAAUUGCCCAAUUGUGAAUUUUCAAAUUUAAGAACCUCUAAGUAAAUUGUGGUUUUCCGCUUAGAUGUAAUAAAGCUUCGAAAGGGCGUAAUUUUCAGUUACGUGUAUACAUUUUAUAAUAAAUACAUUAUAAUUUUGUAA